CUAACUUUUUCUUUUUUUUAAUAAAUAUAUUUUAAUUUUUAAUUUUUAAUUUUUAAUUUUAUUUCUUUCUUAUAUAUAAAUUAUAUUUUUAUAUUGAAUACCCCCCUCCCUCCCCUUUCUUGACUUGAUUCCAACCCAAAAAAAGUAAAAAAAAAAAAAAAAAAAAAAAAAAAAAAUGAAUUUGGCCAGCAUGUUGAAUGAUGGGCCACGUCAAGUUGAGAUGCCUACAACAUUUAUGAAUGAAGAAAAAAGGGCAAUCCUCAAUUUGAGCGCUACCUUGCACUUACUCGCAGCAAAAGACCGAAAGUGUGUACCUGUCAUACCUGCUGUACCUGUUGCUCCUGUUCCGGUUUCUGCCUCUACUACACCUGCUCCUGUUCUUGCUCUUACUCCUCUUCCUCCUCCAUCUACACCAACAUCGAUACCCACAUAUCAAAAUCCUAAUCAUACUCGACUUCGCCUUGGACCUCAAGUCAAAUCCGACCCUGGACUCUGGAAGCCCAAGCUGUCUUUUGCAAAGGUUCUUGGUCAAAAACAAAAUGGUCUAUCCAAUGGUGUCUCUACUGUCGCAACUGGAAUCAGUAGUGGUAGCAGCAAUAACACCAACGUUAAUAACUAUACAAGCAACAACAACAGCUAUAAUAGUAUUAAUGGAAAUUCCAAUGCUGGAGUUGUCCAACUGAUUACCCAGGAUGUGUGUGAUCGAGACAACGAACCAAAGCUGUUACUCGAAGAUAAUUAUGAAAUCCAAGGCUCUUAUUCGCGUGGUCUAUUUGUCCAGAUGUCAAAGAAUGGAAUCCAGCACACAUUUGUCUUCCCAUACCCGGACCAUCCUUGGUUCAAAGACAUGCAUGGGUUGAGAAAGAGUGCCUAUAUCAACCUGCGUACUGAAGAGGGUGAAUUGUGGGAACUCCAUUUGAAAGCAUCUGGUGACAAGAGAUGGUUGUUUGGUUACCUUUGCAGACCAGAUGAUAUUAUCAGAAUCGUGAGAGAAUCAACUAGAGAACUGCUACAACAACGCAAGUUACCACUCGUACUUGAUUUGGAUGACACACUUGUCCGCUUAGUUGGUGAAGGAGACAGAAGACAUGUACCUGAACGAGACCUUCACUUGUACGGAGAUCGUGUUUCAUUGAUGAGCGAUGGGCGAAAGAUUGUCCUUACCGAACGAGUAAAGGAGUUUCUCGAGUGGGCAAGCACUCUCUUUGAAAUCUCAAUCUGUUCAUUAGGUGAUCAACAAUAUGUAGAAAAUGUCGUCAGUGUCAUUGAUCCUCAACGUAGAUACGUCCACGGAAUCCUUUACUCUGCUCGGAGCGAAUACGACUAUAUCCAACGCUCGACAGAACAAAGCAGGCCUCCAAAGAACCUCUUGGCUCUCUACGCAUUCUGUGAACUCAAAGACCAAUCGCUUGGCUCUGGAUUUACGCUGCCGAUCACAAUCGAUGACGAAGAGCGCAUGUGGCCAGCCGAACAACGUGAGAACAUCAUCAUGGUCAAGAAGCACCUUGGGUCUGAGUGCUGGUCGGUUACGCUCGACACAGUUGUCAAGAAAGUACUGAACCAUAUCCACACCGAGUUCUUUAGACAGCUGGAUAUCUGGCAAACAAAGCAGGCCGAGGCAGAGCGUCUGGGGCGAAUGUACACUCGCGAUCCUCCAAGUGCACUGGCAAUCUAUAAAGGCUAUUUACGUGAUAUGAUGGGAGAUUUGAUUGCACAGUCAUAGUAUCAUUCUUUUCUUUUCUUUUAUCUUUUUUCACUUCUUUAUAUAUAUAUAUAAUUACAUAUAGACAAACUCACUCAUCUACAUAUAAACCUCCACUCACCCACC